AUGAGCGGCCUCGAGAUAGCCGGCGUUCUGCUCGGUGCGUUUCCCCUCAUCAUCUCCGGGCUAGAACAUUGGCGAGACGUAGCCAAAGUGGGCGGCUUUUUCUGGAAAGUGCGGAAAGAAUACACCAAAUGCCGGAGUGACGUGCAAUUCCACGAGAUUCUGUACAAGCGCAAUCUAAAAGAGCUAUUACUGCCCAUCGUUAGCGAUGCCGAUGAGGUCGGCCGGCUGGUGCGCGAUCCCGGGGGCAGGGGGUGGAAAGACAAGACACUGCAGGAUCGGCUGGAGGCACGACUUCAAGAGUCGUACAAGGUGUAUAUGGACAUCAUAGCGGAGAUGAACGAGACCGCCGGCGAGCUGACGAAGGAGCUGUGCUUCGAGAAGGCCACUGUCCAGGACAGGAUGGCUCCCGCCGAUCCUAAGAAGCAAAGGCAGCCCUCGCCAAACAAGCCAUCGAAAGCGAUCUUGAGCAAGUCAAACCUCGACUACCAGAUGUUUCGGCUCAAGUUCAGCCUUGGAGAAACGGUCAGAGAAGAGCUCUUUGGGCAGCUUAAAGAGUGCAACGAGCGCUUGGAGAAGCUUCUCAGCUCCAGCGAUAAGGUUUCUGCUCUCCAAAAUGCUUCGCCCAGCACCACAAAGCAGAUGACAGCCCUAGAGACGGCAUUCAAAAAAGCCUGCACCAAGUCCGAUCUGCUAUUCAAAGCACUGCAGAAUGCCUGGAACUGCUCAUGUCAACAGUACCACUUUGCGAACCUCCGGUUGGAGCAUCGUACCUUGCCUGAGACCUGCUUUGAAGUCAUCCUC